UUUGAGUGUGUCUUCAUACAACUUGCAGUGUUUUCGUUCGACGAAUGCGAACAUUUUCGCUCCAUACUAUUUAUUGUUGCUUCAUUCUGCUCUCGCGCUACUACACAUUCGUCUGUAUGAGCGAGGCAAUAGCUGCUGCUGCUGCGCAUUGACAAUCACACAGUCUUUUUUCUUUCUUUCUUUCUAUUUGGAUGGAUUCUUAUUCGAAUGAACUGUGUUGUUGUAUAUCGUGUGUUGUGUGUGCCUUGCAUAUGUUUUUCGAUUGAGUGUUGCACAGUAUUCGAUGUGACUUCGUUUUGUGUGGAUUUGGUGUUUCGUGUAGUAGCGCGCAGAAUAUAAACACAACACAACUCAGGAAACUUCAUUUCAUAUAACUUAAAUGAAAAAUGUUUGAGACGACGACCGAAAAAAAGAACGGCACAAAAAAAAUACAACAAGGACUGAAAAUUGUACAGGGCUUUGGUGACCAAAUUUGAUAGGAAAAAAAUAAGGCACACAAUUCAAUGUUAAACGAUAGUUUGUGUUUGAUUUAAAUCUAAGCUGAUUUUACUGACUUUGGCCGGACUAACGAAAUAAAAUCGCAAAAAAAUCGCAACGCGGACAAAACAGAAACGAAAAACGAAGUAGACUCAAAUUGCGACUGCCACACAGCACACAUCUUUCGAAACAAUUGUUGGAUUCAGUGGUUUUUUUUUUUGAUUGUACAAUAUUUGACAAUUCUUCAUCGUACUGUAUUCAGAAACAGAGAAAGAGAAAAGAAAGAGAAAAAAACAACAACAAAAGAACUUUGCAUUUUUUACCGUGACCUAAACUGAAGCGUUCAAUCUUGUUGCUAGAUAAAUUUUCAUGCAUAUAAUUUUUAAGUACUAAAACGCAAACCGCUGUUGGAAAUUGUGAUUAUUCGCUGACAAAAAUAAUUGUUGUGACGCAUCGAUUUCGUGAACUAUUUGUGAUUUCAUUUAAGCCCUCAGAAGAAAUCGUGAACAUUUGAUUUUCGAAUAAGCAUCAACAACAACAACACAAAACAAAAUCUAGAAUCAAUCAAACUAAGGAUUUCAAUCAAUCGACUGCAGCAGUUAGAUCACGUCGUAAUCGGAUAUCAUUUAGUAAAUCGAAAAUGCCAUUCAUUUCGAAGGAUUGGCGUUCACCUGGUGAGGCUUGGGUUAAGACUGACGACGGAUGGGAGAAGUUAAAAGUCCUGGAAUGUGGCAAACGUAAGAGAUGCAGCAGUGAACCUUGUGAUACGAGUGAGAGUUGGUCGAAUCCAUCAAAUGGACUAGGUGAUGAUGAUAGUGAAACUGAUAUUCCGCCGCAUUGCCAUAUAACGUUACGGUGUACACGUGAAAUAGCCGGUUUCAAUGGACUUGGCGAAGCUGUGAAACGUUUAGAUUUUCGUUCAUCGGUUCGCGAUCGACGAAGGUUUCAAUAUGUAUGCUCAUUACUACGUUUACUAGUAUCGAACAAAGGGAUCGCCAGCCUGCCGGGCAGUGCCCAACGAAUGCUCUUGCAAAUGCUGGAAGAAGUUGCCACACAUGUAAGCGAUAGUCAACAAAAUAUUAACGUACUCAGAGGGUUAGCGAUACAACUGCAGAAGAUUGUCAAUCAAGAGAAUCAAAAAUGCUGGGGGAAGCCAUUAGGCAGCGAAAUAUUGUGGAAAGGUCAUGUCGAAACCAUUCAACGUAUCCAAGAAAUGGCCACACAAAUCAAAAUCAAAGAGCCGGGUCCGGAUGUGUAUCCAAAAUUGCAGGAUUUACCAGAGGAGUGUGUUCGUGAGAUUAUACUACGCAUAAAUGAUCAUCGAGAUUUGGAAGCUUCAUCGGCUGCCUGGACUCUAAUGGCAGCAUUAGCUUCGGAGCAGAGAGUAUGGCGCGAAUUGACUCAAUUCCACUUUACCAAGCCACAAAUCGAUCAAAUGAUUCAAAAACAAUUUGCCAACAACAAUGAUUCGAAUAAAGUCAGUAAUGAUCGAAAUAACAGUAGCACCACGAAUAGUAAUAGCCAACAGAAUGCGGCGAACUCAAGCAAUCAACGCAACGAUGUCAACUCGAACAGCGUGAACAGCACCGAAAACAAAACAUCGAAACGUUUCCAAACCAAAGAUUGGCAGAAAAUUUAUCAUGCACUUAGAAGAAAAUAUGGAAUUCGAGAGGACUAUCAGUAUUCGGAAAUUUUGGCGUUGUGCAGAUUUUGUUGUUGCUUGUUUUGGCCAUCGGCAGGCCAUCCUUGCAUAGCGGAUCAGUCGCCAGACUAUCGGGCUCGUUUGAAAGAGGCAGCUGGUGGUGAUACAGCAAUCAACGAGUUUCAACCAGUACCGCCAGCUCAAUUUCUCAAAUAUUUUUCGCUGUAAAUAGAAAAAAGAACUUGAUUAUAAACGAUGGCUUUAAAUCGAACGGAUACAAACGAUGAAAAGAUACAUCUAUACUGGGUAUUUGGUGUGUGUGUGUGUGUGUGGUUGCAAUGAAUUUUCAUUGUUACAACCAAAAAUGUGAAGAAAAAUAUAUUACACAAUGGCGUCGGCGGCGGAGGCAUAGAAAGGAAACGUUUCAUUUUCUUACGUACGAUAUACACCACAACUAAAUAAUUCAGCAUAAAAUUUUUUAAAUCAUUAUUCGAUAUUUUUCAAUUCGUUUACGAUAUAUAUUUCAGAAUUUCGCUCUUUUUUCUAUCAAAAAUUAGGCUAUGGCGCAUUUUUUCUUUCAUAAUUUUAGUAACUAACACAUGAUUUUCGAUUAUACUUUUAGCUUUUUGUCAUGCGUGAACAAAUAGAUUCAAAAUACAAGAUUCAUAGAAUAAACAAAACACACACACAAAAAAAAGAGAAAAACAAACCAAUAUAAAUUGUUAACCAUUAAAAAUUAUGCUUGUUGAAGGAAAUGUUAACACAAAUAAAUUACAAAACAAAAACAUUGCAAAUGAAAGAGUAAAAAUAGAAAACGAAAAAAGGAAAUGAAGAAGAAGAAGAAGAAGAAGAAAAUACAGAGAGAAAUAUGAGAUAUCAUAACAUGAGGAAAAGAUGAAAAAAAUUGUCUAUUUAACGAAUGAGUCCAUUGAAUGAAGGCAAAAAAAUCAAAUCAAAUCAACUAUUUACUAUAUAGCAGAUUCCUAUAAAAUAUAUAGAUUUUAUGGUUUAAAAAUAAAAUAAAAAGAAAAAUAAAUGAUAAAAAAAAAUCGUACAGUAAAAGACAAAUGCACCGGAUAAUUUCAUUACAUCGUUUUUUAUCGAUUUUCGACACUCAUUUUCGACUGAUUUUUUCGUAACUUUCGGUUGAGUUUCAACGUUAUCGCAAUAAAAUUCAUCUUCAUUUCGUAUCACUUUCGCGAAGAGUUUGUUUCUAUUUUCGACCAUGGCGUCAGCGACACCGUCGAUCAAUGCGAACGAUGCCGUUCCGAAAAUGGUUCAUCAUUUUCACAACGCAAUAUUACGUGAAUAUUUGUUGUAAUAUAAACUGCCAAUUUUUUACGUCUCAAAUUCUGGACCGUCAUUUUUUUGUGACUAAAAGCCAAUUGUUAGCAAACAUUUGAAUUUUUUCUUCUCUCAUCAAUCUUUUCUCGUCUUCCAAUAUUCAAAAACGGAACAAAUGUAAGACAAAGAAAGAAAACAAUAAAAAAAACUAUACCUACCGA